AUGUUUCAACCCAACAUGUUUGAGAGCCACCAUCAUCAUCUCCUUGAUAUGAGUCACAAAACCCCAGAAAAUGAGCUUGACAUGCUUAGAGAUGAUGAGUAUGAGAGCAAAUCCGGGACCGAUAUCAUGGAAGCUCCCUCCGGCGACGAACAAGAUCCGAAUCAACGUCCCAACAAGAAGAAACGUUACCAUCGCCAUACUCAACAUCAAAUCCAAGAACUGGAGUCGUUUUUCAAAGAAUGCCCACAUCCAGAUGAUAAACAAAGGAAAGAACUUGGAAGAAGAUUGACUUUAGAGCCUUUGCAAGUCAAGUUUUGGUUCCAAAACAAAAGAACUCAAAUGAAGGCUCAGCAUGAACGCCACGAAAACUCGCAGCUGAGGAACGAGAAUGAAAAGCUUCGAAUGGAGAACAUACGAUACAAAGAAGCCCUUGCCAACGCUACAUGUCCCAACUGUGGCGGUCCUGCAGCCAUUGGGGAGAUGUCAUUCGAUGAACAGCAUCUGAGAAUUGAAAAUGCUCGUCUACGUGAAGAAAUUGAUAGGAUAUCUGGAAUUGCUGCAAAAUAUGUUGGCAAACCAAUGCUAAGUUAUCCUAAUCUAUCUCCUAAUGGACCGCCUCGGUCUCUUGAUCUACCAAUUGCUAGUUUUAGUCCACAACCAGCAAUGGUAGAUGACAUGUUUGGAACCAGCAACCUUCUCCGGUCAGUUUCAGGCCCCAGUGAGGCAGACAAGCCAGUUAUAAUUGAACUAGCGGUUGCAGCCAUGGAGGAACUAGUCAGAAUGGCACAGUCUGGUGAACCUUUGUGGGUUCCAAACUCUGAUAACUCAUGUGAGAUCUUGAAUGAAGACGAUUACCUGCAAACGUUUCCAAGAGGCAUUGGACCAAAACAGCUGGGAAUGAAAUCUGAAGCUUCAAGAGAAUCUGCUGUUGUCAUCAUGAAUCAUAUCAAUCUUGUUGAGAUUCUCAUGGACGUGAAUCAAUGGUCAAAUGUGUUUUCUGGGAUUGUUUCAAGAGCAAUGACUCUAGAAGUGCUUUCAACUGGAGUGGCUGGAAACUACAAUGGAGCUCUUCAAGUGAUGACAACGGAGUAUCAGGUUCCUUCGCCACUCGUUCCAACCCGAGAAUACUAUUUCGUGAGGUACUGUAAGCAACACACGGACGGGACGUGGGCGGUGGUCGAUGUAUCCUUGGAUAACUUACGCCCUUCUUCAAUGUCAAGAUCUCGAAGAAGGCCAUCUGGAUGUUUAAUUCAAGAACUGCCCAACGGGUACUCAAAGGUUACAUGGGUUGAACAUGUUGAAGUUGAUGAUAGAGCCGUUCACGAUAUUUAUCGGUUACUGGUGAACUCUGGUCUAGCAUUUGGGGCAAGAAGAUGGGUAGCAACUCUCGAUAGACAAUGCGAACGACUUGCAAGCGCAAUGGCUAACAAUAUUCCUGCGGGAGACGUUGGAGGUAAUACGAUUAAUUACUCCCUCUCACUUUUGAUUAUAACGACUCUAGAAGGACGAAAGAGCAUGUUGAAGUUGGCUGAGAGAAUGGUUCUGAGUUUCUGUAGCGGAGUUGGAGCUUCGACUACACAUACGUGGACUACUUUGUCUGGUAGUGGAGCGGAUGAUGUUCGUGUAAUGACAAGAAAGAGCGUGGACGAUCCGGGCAGACCUCCUGGUAUCGUGCUCAGUGCUGCUACUUCGUUUUGGAUCCCCGUUCCACCGAAACGAGUUUUUGAUUUUCUUCGCGAUGAGAACUCGAGGAGCGAGUGGGACAUUCUUUCUAAUGGUGGUCUAGUUCAAGAAAUGGCACACAUUGCCAACGGUCGGGAUCCAGGAAACUGCGUGUCGCUUUUACGAGUUAACAGUGCAAAUUCGAGCCAAGGAAACAUGCUCAUUCUACAGGAGAGCUCAAACGAUUCCACGGGUUCAUAUGUCAUAUAUGCCCCGGUAGAUAUCGCAGCAAUGAAUGUGGUGUUAAGUGGUGGUGAUCCUGAUUAUGUCGCCUUACUACCAUCGGGUUUCGCUAUACUUCCUGAUGGGCCAGGAAAACAACAAGGAUCAACAAUUCUAGAGGUCGGAAAUGGUGGAUCCUUACUGACAGUUGCAUUUCAGAUUCUAGUCGAUUCAGCUCCCACCGCAAAACUGUCACUCGGGUCGGUCGCCACCGUCAAUAGUCUUAUAAAGUGCACUGUUGAAAGGAUCAAAGCCGCGGUGGCUCCCGAGCUGUAACCUCGUCUUCGUUAUAUAUGUUUGUGUGUUUUGUAGCGUAAAAUCCUGGGGAGGAGAUGAAGGAGGAGUUAGGCGGGCGACGUUUACUCUUUAUCAUUAGAAACUAAAGGAAGAAGUCAAGAACGAACCUAAAACGAUCCUUUGGAGAGUGGUGGCAACGUCAAGAAUUCAUUUUUCACCAUGCAUCCGUCGCAGGUUACAUAUAGGUUCGGGUAUUGACUUUGCCUAGAUUAUCGAAGAUUAUCGAGUAAGCUUCAGACCUUAUCGAGUGAUAUUUUAGUUAAAACUCGUAAAAACUUUCGUUAGAUUUACGGUUUUUGAGUUGGUUUGUAUGUGUUUUGA